AUGAUGUUUGAACCGGAAAAGGUUAGGCACAAAAAUUCACGGAUUUUUUGAAAACUUAAAUUUAAAACGAAACCUUGAAACGUCUACUUCAAAGUAAAAGUCUUGAAUAAAUAAAAACUUUUUCAGUAGCCGAAUUGGAAUCUACGCAUUAGCCUUUAAGCCAGAUGGAUCUCAGUUAUUGGCCGCUGCGGACAAUCGGGUGCUUGUUUAUGAUCCGAAAGAUGGAACAUUGGUCACUUCACUCAAAGGUAAGGCAUGGGUUUCUCAACAUAUUUUAUAUCUUAUUAAUUAAAAAGGUAAAAGAAGUCAAUUACAAUCUCAAAAACAUCUGUUUUAGCCCUGGCGCGGCCGAAAACAUUUUAGCAAGAAAAAGUUGUCCAAGUCGAUUUUAAAAACUUUUUCGUCGAUAAAAACACCUUUUUUCAAUCUUUUUUUUAUUUCAAACCUUUGUAAAACAAUAUAAAAACAUUUAAAAAUCUUUUUUCUAAUAUUUUAAAAUCAAGUCCUUUUCUAUUUUUAUCGUAUUGUCCAGUUCAUUUACUCUAAACCGGAUAUAGACACUAAAACAACAUGUUUUAGGUCACAAGGAUCUUGUUUAUUGUGUCGCAUUCUCGUUCAAUGGUGAGAAAUUUGCUUCCGGUUCCUUGGAUAAGACUGUUAUUGUAUGGAAUGAUCAACACGAGGGACUUCUCAAGUAUACGUAAGCUUUUGAACUUGAUUAUAUUGUUUUAGGUAUGUGUUCAGGGGAAUGAUGGAUAACUUUUUUUAAAGUAAGAGGAUAUGUAUGAUUUUUGACAUAGUUGAUCUGUAGGAUAUAGACGUACUUUGUAGAAAGUUUAAGGGAAAUGUGCUUUUAGAUCGCCGAGGUAUAUUCAUUUAAAGUUGUUGUUAUAGGGUUCUCAGUUAUUGAUUGAAAAGCAAUGAUGGAUAUCUUUUUUUAAGUGAAUAGAUGAGCCCUAUCUUUUUUUAUAGUUAAUUUAGAUGUUAUAAACGUCCCCCACACUAAUUUUAAGCAUGAUCCAAGGCCUACAUAUUGCGUUACAUCCAUCUAAACCCAUCUUCAUCGCCUUUUUUUCUCAAAAAUCCAAUUUUUUUUUAAUUUUAGGCACAAUGACUCGAUUCAAUGUCUGGCAUUCAGUCCGGUGGCUAUGACAUUGUUAAGUUGUGCUGUAACUGACUUUGGAAUUUGGAAUCAGAACGAUAAGAAUGUGAGUAAACAGCGAGUGAACGUGAAAUGCACUUGUUGUGCGUGGAGCUCGGAUGGACAAUAUUAUGCGAUUGGCUUCAGUGACGGAAGUGUUUCCAUUCGAUCGGCUUCUGCUGCUUCUGUAAGAGGAUUCUGGGAUUGGGGAUUCUAGUUUUAUGGUCUUUGUUUGGAUUUUUAGUUGUUUUUCAGCCAAAAAUGGCGUUUUUAGACAAAAAACUUUUAAAACUAUGAGCUUUUGCCAUUCUUUUUUAACGAAACUAGGAGAAACAAAUACACUAAUAUAAGAGUAUAUUUUAGAUAGCAGAUGAAUUCCACAAGUUCUCCCGACCUUCUGGAGAACCGAUUUGGGACCUGAGUUUCGGCUUGACCAGGCAGAACAAUCAUUCAACAGAAGUGUUGGCAGUGGUUGAUUGGAAUCAGUCUGUAGGAUUCUACACUUUUGAUGGAAGGGCUGUGAGUUUUUCUUUCAUUUUUGAAAAUUAAAAUUUUUUUUUGAAAAAUUUAAAUUGAGAUUCCGGUCAACAGAGGGGACCAAGUUCAAUAUUUUUGGAAAAAAAAUUUUUGUAAAAGAGGGGAACUUGAUGAAAAUGAUAAAAAAAUGACAUUUCAGACCCACCGAGCAGACAAAAUCUUAACAUACGAUGCCACUUUGAUCGAGUUCUUCAACAACAGUCAAUUCCUCUUGCUCGGCGGUUCAAACCAUGCCAUUUCAAUUCAUACCCGUGAUGGUGCCGAACUCGGCACGCUGGCUCGAGCCGACUCUUGGAUAUGGACAGCCAAGGCUCGGCCAAACCAACCAGCCAACAAUGUCAAUAUCGUUAUGGCUUGUACUGAUGGUACUCUCGCUAGCUACACUUUGAUGUUCAGUACCGUGCAUUCGCUACACAAAGACCUGUACGCUUAUCGAGACAUGUUGACUGAUGUUGUGGUACAACAGUUGGGAAGACAGAGAUGUAAUCGAAUACGGCUGAAUACGUUGGUAUGUAAAGUGGCAAUAUAUCAUAAUCGGCUGGCAGUACAAGUGACGGAUCGGAUUCUGGUGUUCAGACAAAGCUCAGGAGAGAAGGAAGGGGAACAAGUCGAGUAUAAGUUGAUGGACAGGAUCAACCGGGAUGUCGAAUGCUCGUUGCUGGUGGUUACUGCGCAUCAUGUGAUACUGUGUGAUGAUAAGAGGCUACAAUGUAUUGAUCAUAAAGGGCAGAAGCAGAGGGAAUGGACUAUGGAGAGCUCGAUUAGGUAUGAAGGUUCUUUUACUUUGGUGUAGGUAUUGAUACUGUAUGUAAGAUAGGGGAACUGUAUGAAGGGUAGGGUUAGUACAAAUAAAUAUUUGAUUAAAAAACCGUGUAACAGAACUUUUGGCGCACAAUGUAUAAGUAGGGUAGAGAUAUUGUGGAAGUAGUAGAGGUACUGUAGGGUGAGUAUUGACGUUACAUGAAGGGUAAGGGUACAGUAAACGGGGUAAUGAAAGAUAAUACGUAAUAAUGUAAUUUUAGGUACAUAAAGGUCAUAGGAGGACCACCAGGUCGAGAAGCCAUUCUGUUGGGUCUUAAAAAUGGACUGGUAGGCUUUUAUUGAUAUGAUACAUUACAAUGAUUAAAAAUUUUGAAAUUAAUUUUUUUUUAGCUUUGCAAAUUUAGGCGUAUUUUACAAAAACCUCUACCAAUAGAUCUAUAUUAUCAAUGUCAGUUUAGGUCUGUAAAAUCUUCGUAGACAACCCUUUUCCAGUUGAAGUUGUUCGCUUACGUAGCGGAGUUAGAUGUCUGGAUGUAUCCUUGUCGAAACGCAAAUUGGCAAUAGUCGAUGAGAAUAAUGUGUGUAUGAUGUUUGACAUAGUGACCAAAGAGCUGAUAUCCCAAGAACCCAAUAUCACAAGUGUGGCUUUUAACUCGGAAAAUGAGGAUCUGAUAUGUUACACUGGAGAGAAUCGACUGUUCGUGAAGGCUAAGAAUUUCACACCUUAUCAACAGAGAAUUGAGGUAUGUUUAGGAGGGUCAUUUGGGUAGGGUAAUGUGAAGUAAGGUAAAGUAUUGAUGAAGGUAGUUGUGAUAAAGUAAGAUAGGUUAGAUGGGGUAAUGAAGUAAGGUAGAGGUAAUAUUAUGUUGUUCAAAUAAUUCUGUGCUCCCUUUCAAAGAAAUUUUUUGAAGGAAAAGCACAGAAUUAUUUUAACAGUGUAGUAGGGUGGAGGUAGCUUUACCUACCCCCCUCUCCCCUUCCUCCUUAGAAAACAUUUGUAGCGACGUCCCUUCUAACAUAUAACAAUAUAUUUUGCUCUUUCUAGGGCUUUGUUGUUGGAUUUACUGGCAGAAGGUUCCAUUGCUUACACACCUACACCAUGACCACGAAUGAAAUACCAUUGGGCAGUCAGUUGUCACAGUACUUGAACACCAAAGACUUUGCGUAUGUUUUUGUUGCUUAUAAGAAGAGUUUGAUGUAUAGGCAUUACCAGGUUGAACAUAUAAGCUAUACUACGGCAUUUCUUAACCUUACUAUUAAUAUUAUCCACUAUUCUUGUCUUUCUAACCUAAUAUUAGGUUGUUCAAUAAAUUCUGAGCUACCACUCAAAGCAAAUUUUGGAGAUAGGUGGCUCCGAAUUAUUUGAACAACAUAAUAUUAGUGUAAUUUUUAAAUUUUGAAGAAUGUAAUUUUUAAAAGGCCUUAGGGUUUAAUAAUUUGAAUUUAGCGGAGCAUACGAACUGGCAGUGCUAGGAGUAACUGAAAAAGACUGGCAGAUCCUGGGUCUGGAAGCCCUGGAGAAUAUGGAAUUUGAAGUGGCCAAGAAGGCUUUUCAUCGCAUCAAAGAUUGUCGUGCCUUGUUGUUGAUCAAUGAAAUUGAGGUAAAUAUUAACACUAGGGUUUUGUCUACUGUGACAUUUUUAAUAUGGCUUUUUAUGAAAUUUAGCGUAGGAAUGGAGUGGCAUUUUUAAAAAUUGGAAAUUCACUAAGCUUUGUCAUUUUAAGGAUAUGAAAAACUGUGGUAAAUCAGCGGACACCAUCCGUGCCCAUAUCUACGCCUUCAAUCGUCGCUUCCGAGACGCAGCUCGCGUCCUACAAGAGACCGGGGCAGAACAACACGCGCUCGACAUGUUCGCUGAUCUUCGUAUGUUCGAUCAAGCUCAAGAGUUUCUGGCUACCGCCUCGAACGAAACCCAGAAGUCCUUGUUGAGAAAGAAGGCGGACUGGGCCACUGAAGCCAAUGAUAUGAGGCUAGCUGCCGAAAUGCUGAUGGCCUCGGGCGAUUACGACAAAGCGAUCAAGAUCAUGAUGCAAAACGACUGGACUGAUAAGAUAUUGCAAAUGGCGACCAGACUGGACCGGUCCGAUGCGAAUGUGAUCAGGGAGAUCGGGAAUUACUUGGCUGCUAAAGGAGAAUUCACUAUCGCCGCAGGGUUAUUUGGCCAGAUCGGAGACAUCAUAUCGAUCGCCAUGAUGCAUGUCAAGGCUGAGAACUGGGAGGAUGUAAGUGGGGUGGAUUGGAAAUGGAUUGAGCUUGUUUGGGGUUUAAAAAGGAUGGUUUUGGAGGUGAUUAGGACUUUUGGCAAGAACUUUGUUUACAAAACAAAAAAUGACAAGAACUUUCUUUACAAAAUAUAAAACGGCAAGAACUUUGUUUACAAAACAUAAAAUGGCAAGAAAUUUCUUUACAAAACAUAUCAGGUUGUCCAAAUAUGGAUGAGCUAGUAUGAUACUUAAAAAAUUAAAACUGUUUUUGUGAAUAGCUCAUUUAUAUCUGGACAAGCUAAUAUGAUUUAUAAAAGGCUGUUUAGUGGCUUUCAGAUUAAAAACUGAAACCUUGUACCUAAAUAUUUUGUCUUAUAGCUCAAUUUGAAAAAAAAUUUUGGUUUUUGGUUUCAACGUAUUUUACAGAAGUGAUUUGUCCAAUUUUAGGCAUUUGCGGUCGUAGAAAGGCAUCCAGCCUUGGCAACCGACGUCUAUUUACCGUAUGCUCGGUGGUUAUCCGAAAGAGAUAUGUUUGAUGAAGCUCAAAUUGGUAGGAUCAACUUUAUUUAAAAAUUUUUUACUCAAAAAAACCAUGUUGACAUUGACAAUUUUAAAAAAAUUUAAUUUGAAAAAUUUUCUUUGAAAAUUAAAAAAAAAUGAAUUUUUAAAAAAUUUAAAUUUUGAAAACUUUGAGAUAAAAAGAAAUUUAGCCUACAGCAAAGCGGGUCACGAUCGAGAAGCCUUCGAGGUGCUACAAACAUUGGCUGAGAAAGCGAUAGCAGAACAUCGCUACCUAGAUGGUUCAUAUUAUUUUAGGUUAAUGGCCAAAAACUAUAUGGAUAAAGAGGACUUGGCCUCAAGGCAGAAGAUUGAAGAAUGUUUGCUAAAAUCGGAUUUGUAUUACGUCUACAAUUCGGUUUAUAAAUACGUCGUAAGUUUUAGGUUGUUACAAAAAUAAUGGCCGAUUUUGACCUUGCUUUGCCCGCUAAAAUUGGCCAUUCUUUUUGAAACAACUCACUAAAGUCGGCCAUUCUUUCUGAAACAACCUAAUAUUUACCCAGUAAGCUCUUACCACGCAAUACCCUUUCAGAUAGAACCAUUCACCGAAAAAGGCUACGACGUCCUAUGCAACAUGGCCAGAUACCUCUCGUUAUCACCGAAAAUUGCCGGUAUCUCGCAAGUCAACGUGCUGUUCGUACUCACUAGGUUAAGCAUGAGACACGAGAAUUACAAAACAGCCAGAGAAGCACUUGGUCAGCUGAGAAUAUACAGAAUUCCACCCAAAUUCCAGAAUUCCGUCGAUAUGUGGUCGAUGGAAGUGAGGUCAAAAGCCUACUCGGAUUCUGAUGAAUUCAUGCCAAUGUGCUAUAGGUAGGGGAGGGGGGGGAGGUUUUUGGGUUUGUAUUGUAUUGGGGAUGAUAUUGUGUGUUUUUGAUUUUUAGGUAAAAUUUUUUUGAUUUACAACAAAAUUCCCCCUUUUCUAUGAACUUUUUGACCGAUUUACACUUGAAUUUGAAUUUUUUAAAAAUUUAUGGCUUUAAAUGUUAAUCAAAUUGAUACCAGAAUUUUAGUUGCGGAACAACAAAUCCAGUACUUGGUGGCCACUUGUGUGCUCAUUGCAAUGCUCCUUUCGUUUAUUCAUUCUUGAGAUUUGGUAAGGAAUAAAAUGAACUUUUUUUUAAAAACAAGUUUUUGUUUUAUAAGGUCUAUAAUUUAACAUAAAAUGUCGUUUUUACUUUCACGUUUCGUGUUUUAGCAAUAAAAAUUAACAAGUAAACAGGGGGUGAGAAACAAGGCUGGGUCUUAUGAUUGGAACGGAUCGGCCUUGAGCUAAAGGCAGUUUUUUGCCGGACCGGUCUGCGGACGGGUUCGGGCCGGACCGGACGGACCGAAACAAACAGACCGGACCCAAAAACCUGCGGACCCGCACUGGUCCAAAAUUUUUUUUUAUUUUUACAAAGCUUUAAAAAAUUGCAAAUAAAAUACAUUUUUAAGAGUUAAGCAUAAAGAAAGCAGUUUUAGCGCUUCUGGCUUUUUUUUAAUUUAAAAACAUUUUUUUGUGGACCGGACUGGACCCGAAAAUUGCCGGAUCGGACCGGUGAAAAACGCUCCGAGCCGGUCCGGGCAAAACACUAGCUAGUUGAAAAUUUGGGCUAGCCAGGGCUUGAAAAUUAGGCCUGGACUUAAUAUUUUUUCAAAAUAAAUAUUUUUAAUUUAAAAUUUUUAAAAAUUUUUAUUGAUUUUUUUGAUACCACAGAUAAAUUAUCUAAAAAAAAGCCAAGCAAAGUCAACUUUUAUUUUUUUUAAUUUUAAAAAUUUUAAUUUUUUAAAUCAAAAUUUUUUAAAACGGACCAGGCAAGGCCGGCUUAAGAAAAAUCGAAAAGGAGCCUUGAAAAGUAUGCUCGCCCGUUUUUCACCUUAUAAACAAGCUCAGAACAUGAGCUCAAACCAAUCAAAAUAAAAAUUUGUGCUUUCAGAGGUCCUACCAGUCCUCGAAUUCCAAGUACCAGAAGACUUGUCAACAGAAGAAGCCAAAGAACUCCUGAAAGCCGAGCCACCAAUAGAUGAAGGAGAUCAACAUGUGAACAGGCUACUCUCUGAUUACCGGUCAAAGAACAAGUCAGGGAUAUUAACCUUGGAAAGGGAAGAUCUGGCCAAUUUAGAAACGAAUCUAACCUUUGUGGCCGAAUUGCCACAACCGAUUGGGAUUAAAUUCUAUUUGAAGGUCAUACCUGAAAUACCUAUUGCUCAAUGUGAGGAGUGCAAAAAGGUAAUGCUUGGGGGUGUUUUUGAAAAGUUUAAAAAAGAUAAUAUAAGCUAUAUUUUGGCACUUCCAGCUCUUCCACGCUGAUGACUUUCAAUUGUCGGUACUACAACAUGGUGUUUGUCCGGUGUGUCGCUUCAAAGUUCAUUUAUACGAGCCGGAUUUGGAUGAGGACGAUACAGAGAACAGCUAA